CUCUUUCGCGCUGACCUAGACGCGUCGAAAAUGACGGAUACUCAGAAUCCAAUGACGGCCCAGCUGCUUGAACAGUUGCAACGCGCGGCAAUUGGAGUCACCAAUGCAAAUAUAUACCAAAGCACAGCAGCUAACGCGACUGCGUACCAAAAAUUGACAUGGGCCCCAUCGACAACAUCUUCAGCGCCAACGAGAACGGGCUCUGCCGCGCCGCAAAUUUCCCAAAGACAAACCAGGGCACGAGCUAGAGGAGGAGGAACGGGGACAUCUACCCCAGCGCAAAUUAACCCACUCCACCUCCCAUACUUUCCCCAACCACAAGUCCAGGUCCAGGUCCAGCCACCACCGCCACCACCUCCACCCCAACCGUCGUAUCCUCCACCGAACCCAAUCCCCACCCGAACUCAAGCGUACUAUUCCAGUUACUCGUCACGGAUGCGGACGGGAACUUCUCUACUCAUGCAACCAAUUAUCACUCCCGGAGCACCCCAAGCAGGCAGCUCGACUAGUCUCCUCACUAGUCGUACCUCACGUCGCGGGGGAGUUGCUAUCAACUAUGCUGAUCCGGGGUCGGGAGACGACAUACCCGAUGCUGGGGCUGGUGUGGAUUCGGAAGACUCUGAUUUCGUCAACGAUAAUGGCGAGGCCACUAUCGCACCACGUCCAGCUGGCAGGUUAAAAACGGCGGGUAGAACGCGAGGAGUGGCGUCUGGAAUGUCAGUGUUCAACCCAUCGACAGGCGUUACAACGAUCCAGCCCAGCGCGUCACCAUUACCUCAGUUAUUGUUGCGACCCGAAAAGGAAGAACUUGACCAGAGUUAUCUUGGGGUGGUACCUCCAUCGCGGUUUAUUUCGUCGAGAAAUGCACCGAUGACAGCACAUUCAUAUCUUGCUCCACAUUGGCUCGAGAAAGCUGCCUCGCGUACUCUCGCCCCAGUUCCCAUCCGUGUCGAACUUGAGACAGAAACGCACCGAAUACGUGACUGCUUCGUAUGGGACAUCAACGACGACCUAAUAUCACCCGAAUCCUUUGCGCAAAUAUUCUGUAUGGACCUUGAGCUGCCUUCCGAGCUUAUCGACACCGUGACAAACCAAAUAAAAGCCCAGCUAGAAGAGCAUGAAGCUAUCGCACGGCUGGACAUCAUCAACGAAGAUUUCGACCAAACGGAGGGCGACGAUCUGGCGGAAUGUCGGGUCAUUCUCAGUAUCGAUGUUCAGAUCGGGAACCACCACCUUGUUGACCACAUCGAGUGGGACCUGCUUUCGCCAUUGACUCCUGAAGCCUUUGCCACGACCCUCUGUCGUGAACUAGGGCUGUCUGGCGAAGCGGUUCCACUAGUCUCGCAUGCCGUUCACGAGGAGAUCCUCAAGCAUAAAAAAGACUGUGUUGAGUGGGGUGUCGUCGACAACUCUGGGUAUGGCGUACGAGACAAGACUGGUCUUGGUCUCGGCUCUGUCGGCCGAGCGAAAGGCGGGCCGAAAGUGCUUGAGAGUGUGUGGCGGGAUUGGCAGGAAGCGGACGAGUUAAGGACACGGUUCGAGGUGCUGUCGGCCGAGGAGGUGGAGAGGAGAGAAGUGGAGAGGGAGAGGGCGAGUAGGAGAAUGCGGAGAGAGACAUCCAAGUUCCAGAGUGCCAGGACUGGAUAUGGCAGGAGGACGAGGUUCGGCUGA